UUUCAAUUUUCAAUAGUUGAAAAAUAAUUUAUCCGUUUGAAUGAAAGAUUAUAAUUAUUUCGAUCAAAAUAAUUUUAUUAACAACGAAAGUAAUCAGAUAGGCAACGAAGACGACGAUUGUUUUAAACAGCAUCAAGUACCGUUGACAACAUUAUCAUCACCUAUCAUAAUGAUGAAACCAUUACAGCAAGAGGAAAUAUUUUCAUAUUUUAAAAGCCUAUCCGGAGCUAAACGUAUUGAAAUGGUUUGUGGAUUAAUUUCAAUGUGCAUUCCAUUGGAAAUACGUUUUUUCGAUAAUGUCAUACAAGAUAUGGUCAAACGUGAUUAUAAUUCAUUUAGAGAUGCAGAAAUCAAAGCAAACACUUUUCAAGAAUUAGAUACUGUUUGUAAAUGUGAUCUUUUAUUGGAAAAAGUUUCAACAACAAUAACUACAAUCGGUACUACUACCGAUAAUCAAAUAUAUUAUGAUGAUGGUAUUAUUAAUAAUACGAUACCGGCAGCGGUGAUAACUAAUAAUAAUGAAAUGCAAAAUGAUAAUGUAACAACUACAUCGUCAUCUUCGUCGGCCAUAUCGAUAACAUCAUCAGCAUCAUCACAAUCAAAUAAUCGUGAUUCAAAUACGACAACACCGACAAAUAAUAAUAAUAAUAAUAAUAAUAAUAAUAAUAAUGAGAAUAAAAAUAAUGAUAAUGGCAAAUUGACAAAUUCAAAUAAUAUAAUUGCCAAAAGUGUUGAUCAAUCACAACAACAAACAAUCGGUACAACAACAACAACAACAACACUGACAACGAUGGCCGCAACGAAUCAAAAUAUAUCAUCAAACAUUGCCAGCUUUCCAUCACGAUCUAAAUUGAUAAUAUCAUUGUGUCUGAUGAAUCCAAGUAAUAGUCAUUGUUCAUCAAUUGUAUUCAAUGCUAUAAGAAAACAAUUGUCACAUGAAAAUAUUUGUCAAGUAGUCGAUCAAAUCUAUCUACCUAAAAAUCAGAAUAUUGAUGAUUUAUUUUCUGAAAUAUUAUUAUUAUUAACGAUGGCAAUGUAUCAUCCUGCGUUUACCUAUGAACAACGUGAUCUAUUGGCCAGUCAAAAGAAAGAUAUUGAACAGCUUUAUUAUAAUAUUAUCAAUUAUUUGCGUGCACAACAAUUUUUAGCUUGUCAAGCAGCCGUAGCGGCUGUUGCAAAUCAACAAGCGGUUCCAGUUCCCGCUCAGCCAAUUGCUGUUGCUGUAACUGGUUCCAAUGCAACGAUACCGGUACCGAUUGUUGCAACAUCGGCUACUGUAAUUCCAUCAUCUGGUCAACAACAAUCGAAUUAUCAUCCAAGAGCCACCACGCCAGCUAAUCCAUCGGCCGGUUCUACUGGUAAUGACAGUGGAGGUACUAAUACCAAUGCUCAGCAGCAGCCAUCUACGCAAGCAAAUGCUUUAUCUGCUCAUCUAGCACAUCAAUAUCAUCACAGUUAUCAUCAAUCAGGUACUUCCGGUGGUCACAAACCUCAUCAACAUCAUCAUCAUCAUCAUCAUAAUGCUGGUGGUGGUCCUACAUCAGCUGUAACGCAUUUAGGUCCUCAAGUUGCACCUGCUCAACAAUAUAUUCCAUUUAUACAAAGUCCAUUGGGUGCCAAUAUAACUUUUACAGCGACGGGACCACCACCACCACCGCCACCAAUACCAUCAAAUGCGACUAAUGCUGUUAUACAGAAUAUUGCAAUGCUAAAGAUGAGUUCACCACAACCACAAUCAUCGACACAAUCACAGCAACAACAACAAUCAUCAUCACCAUCACCUUCAUCAAUAUCACCGGCAUCCUCAGUGUCAAGUAAUAAAUUACCACCUCAACCUGCAGUUGUACAGGUUAUGCCACAAACAGCAACAACAACUCAGAUCGGACAGCAAUUCAUAAAGUUGGAUUCAAUGUAUACGACAGCCAAUCUGGCUGGUGGUCCAUUGAUUGCUGCUGGACCAUCACCUCCAAAUUCAUUGAUUGUUGUCGAUCGAAAUGCUACAACCGGUACGAAUGUUAUUCCAACAGGUCCGACAAUGUGUUUACAUCAUACGCAAUUAUUAGUUGAUGAUAAAUCAUCAACAACAUCGAUAACUUCAUCAGCAUCCUGUUAUAAUUGUGGUAAUAUUGGACAUCGUGGUACAGAAUGUACAACUGGAACUGGAGAUUGUAGUGGCGAUCAUUGAAAAGAAUUUGAAGAUUUUAAUGUAGAUAAUCGUUUUUUUUCGAACGAAAUUCUGGUAAUAUUUUUGGAUCCAUCCAUACAGUAGUAGCUGAAAAGCAUUAAAAAUUAUCCAAAAUGAA